AAUACAGGGGCUGCUACAGGAAUAUUACAGAAUGUGCCUGCUUUUUGAGCAUCUAAUGCAACGAAAUUAUUCAAAAAUUCCUUUCUCAACCCAUAAAUAGUGUAACUUGCAUGUCCAAUUGUCCAUAUAUAAACCCCUCCAUUCCAAACACUUGAAGACUAACAAAGUGGCCUCUAAUUACUUAAUUAUUGGCUUCUUUGUUCCCAUGCAACUAUUAGUAGUAAUUAUAUUAAUUAAACUGAGUAAAAUUAAAGUUUUGAAAUAAUAAAAAAAAUGGUGAAAUUCUCUAAGCAGUUUGAAGCCCAACUUGUUCCAGAAUGGAGGGAAGCUUUUGUUGAUUACUACCAACUCAAGAAGGACCUCAAGAAGCUCCAUCUUCUCCUCCAUACCCAUGACAGCGAAGAAGAACGACGACGAGCCUUUCCGAACCCGUUUUGUUCGUUGAAGGAACUCUUCGUGUUCGGGUCUCGUUGUCCGGAACGCGGAGCAAUUCAGGUGCACCAGAAGGCCUCGUCGAGUGGGAGCAAAGGGGAUUUGUACGAGACGGAAUUGGGGGAGCAACUGGCGGAGAACGAAGGGGCGAAGGAGUUCUUCCGGCGGCUGGAUGAGCAGGUGAGCAAGGUCAACCAGUUUUACAGAGCCAAGGAGAAGGAGUUCGCCGACAGGGGAGACUCGCUUAAGAAGCAAUUGGAGAUCCUGCUUCAGCUCAAGGCCGCCCUCCGCCACCGCCCCCGCCGGGACAAGGGGAUCGGCGAUUCCUCCCGGGAGGAGGAUCACUCCAUUUCCGUCCGCGCCUUCUCUUGCGGUACAGUUCGCACCGAUAUUUUAUCAUGUGUACAAAUAUCGCACCGUAGGGAUGAAGCCAUGAUUCUCACGCAGAUCGAGUUCCCGUUUAGGGUGUAUCGUUAUGAUGGCUAAGGUGAGGAUGAGACUCACGAGAAUAGAGAGGCAGAGAGGAGGUGUAUGAUUGGUGUGUUAAUCUCUGCUUAAUGACCUCUAUAUAUAUACACCCAAGGGGAAACCCUAAUUAGGUCAUAAGGGUAAUUACGUCCAUCGAAUAAUUACCAAUUAAGUACGUAGGGUAUUUAUUAGGUCAAUGAUCAAUUAAUUACAUAAAUGAUAACUCAGACCACAUAAUAAAAUCGUGUCCAACAU